UAUUUUAAUUUCUAAUAAGCAUUGAAUCAAAAUAUAGGACCAUGGAGUUUCCACCUUGUCCACCUUCCCUUAAACAGAUUCAACAUUUCUUAAAGUUGGCUCAAGAACAUGAUACUCGAGAUAUUGUUGUGGCAUAUUGGUCAAGACUUUAUGCUUUACAAGUAGGUCUUAAAGUAACUACCCAACAACCGGAGGAAACGAAAUUACUUUUGGGUGUUAUGGAUUGGUUAGAAGCCGUAAAAAAGCAAAAUAGUGACAAUGAAGCUAUAAGUAAUGAGGUUGCUGCUCAAGCCCAUAUGGAAAAUUAUGCCUUAAAACUUUUUCUCUAUGCCGACAAACAAGAUCGUGAAGGAAACUUUGGCAAAAACGUAGUAAAAGCUUUUUAUUCAUGUGGCGUUAUAUACGAUGUGCUACAAACCUUUGGUGAGUUAUCCGAAGAAGCACUACAUAAUCGCAAAUAUGCCAAAUGGAAAGCUGCCUAUAUACACAAUUGCUUAAAGAAUGGGGAAGUUCCCAUACCCGGUCCCAUGCAGGAACAAAAUGAAGACGAUGAAAAUGUAAACGAAACAAAUGAAGGUGACGAAACCAAUAAUGAAAGUCCAGCAGAUAACGAAGCACAAGAUAAUGCAAAUAACGAAAGCGGUGAAUCGAAUAGACCAACCGUUGAAGACAUAUUAAACAAUCCCGAUAAGUUACCCAGUCCCCCUAUGGAAGAAGAAAAACCCGGAGGUUUUGAACCUUUUGUACCACCGGCACAACCUCAUCCAGUGUAUACAAUACCACAACCACCGGCUGAUUUAAAAAUCACUCCCGAACAAAUGAUAAAAGCCCAAAAGUAUUGUAAAUAUGCUGGCAGUGCUUUAAAUUAUGAUGAUGUUAAAACUGCUAUAGAGAAUCUGCAGAAAGCUUUGACUCUUUUAACUACUGGAGUUGAUAAUUAGCCAGUUUAGGGCAUUUAAAAGAUAAAGGAAAUAAGUUUUAAAAAUAUUUAUAUAUUAUGCUGAUAUACAUAUGUAUGUGUAUAUAAAGUGCAAGCACUAUGUUUAGAGGAAAAGCAGGCAAAAAGCUAAUAGUUAACGCUUUAUUAUAAUUAACCUUGUUAAACCAUUUUAAAUAAAAAAAGUUGGUGGAUUUAAAACCGACCAGCAAUAACUACUCAAA